AUGCGCAGCCUCGCUGUUGGUCUCGUCCUCGGGGCUGCUGGUCCGGUUCUCGGCCUGUCGCCCCUGGAUACCUUCUAUCCGCCAAACCUCAAUGAUACCUCAUACAUCUCCAAUGCUUCCAUCGGAACUUAUGGUGGUAUUUACAAGGCUCCCACCAAUGGUCCGACCGGAGGAAAUCCGUAUGGCACUUACGACUACUGCUCCAUGCCGCACCCGCGGUCUCAGGAGUACAAGAUGCCAGGACCCAUCGCUAAUGGGUCCGUGAAGGCCGACCUUGUUUACCUUGAGUACCUUCAGCGCCAUCAACGUCGCUCUCCUUACAACCUUCUCCCUGGUGGCGAAAAUCAAGCUUACGAGUGUGAUAAUGUUCGGCCUUACCUUUAUGCUGGUGCAAACAGCAACAGUGGCAUUCAGCCUAUGCCGAUGUACGCUCAAACUUACCAGGAUCCUACCAACCCAUUCCUCCCUGUUGUGAACGGUACUUGCCAGUAUCCCCAGAUCACCAUCGGCGGUGUUCAGGAUGGAUACCAGCACGGCAAGGAUCUCUACAAGGUCUAUGGCAAGAAGCUCGGCCUUAUUCCCAAGAAGCCCAACGAUCGUGUGUGGUUCCGUUCCAGUGAAUCCGCACUGACCCAGGGCUCUGCUGGUGCCGUCCUUCGCGGAGUUUGGCCCGACUACGAGGGCGCCCUGCCUCUGCACCAGAUGGUCUCCUCGGUCGACACUGUCAACGAGGGUUAUUCGUGCAGCGCCAUCAGUUCCACACUGAGUGCCUUGCAGUCCACCGCCGAGUGGAAGGAGCAUCUUUCUGUGACCAGCGACCUGCGCUCUAAGCUUGGCUCUAUGCUUGGUGCCACAUCUAGCUCGUGGCAGAACACCUUCGACCACUUUUGUGACAACUUCCAGGCCCGCUUGUGCAACGGCUAUGAGUUGCCUUGCAGCGUGUCCAACUCCUCCGCAUGUGUGACUAUGGAAAUGGCAGAGGAAGCUUUCCGUGCCGGUGACUGGGAAUGGAACUACUACUGGCGCGCCAACCCGUACGUCACCAAGUACAUUCAAGUCGUGGAGGGUCUUUUCAUCGGUGAGAUCGUUGCUCACCUGCAGGCCGUGCUGGAUGGGUCCUCUACUCUUGACUACAGCCAUACCUUCGUUCACGAUGGUGACAUUGGUCCUAUCCUUGGAGCUCUGGGUAUCAACGUUCUGCGUUGGCCGGCCAUGGCAUCCAACGUUGCUUUCGAAGUUUGGAAAACCCACGGUAAGGGAAGUGCUGGCUACUACGCCCGUGUUCUUUACAGUGGCCAGCCGGUGCAGAGUAUUCACGGCACCCUGGAUUGGAUCCAUCUUUCGGAUUUGAUCGCUAUCCUGAAGGUCUACGUGCCCGCGGAUAUCAAGUCGCUCUGUGGAUAG